UGCGGAGCGGCGCUGCCAGGUCUUAAAUAUAGAAACGAUCCUGUCGGCAGGUCCAAAUGACCGAUUUGCUGAAAUCCCCCAACCCAACUCUGAUGCACUGAAAAAGUGUGCAGAUAAUUCCUCAGCUUCUCUAUGGAGGAAAGCUUGAUUUUCUGGUGUUUGAUUAUCUUUCUGAAAUUACCAUGUCACUGUUAACUGCUGCGAAAGCCAAAUCUCCAGAUUUGGGUUACACGCCUGAUUUUAUUUUGACUGCAAUGGCUCCCUAUAUAAAGGACAUUCAUAAGAAAGGUGUUCGUGUGGUUAGCAAUGCUGGUGGAGUGAAUCCACUUGCAUGUGCUGCUGCUCUUCAAAAUGUGGCAAAGAAAGCCGAUGUUGAUUUGAAAAUAGCUGUUGUUGCUGGAGAUGAUCUAAUGGGCGAGAAAGAUAACCUAAAAGGAGCUGGUAUCGUGGAUAUGGAGAGUGGGAAGCCAUUUCCUGAGGAUAUUCACAGUAUGAAUGCAUAUCUUGGAGCAAGACCAAUAAGCAGAGCUCUUGACCUUGGAGCUGAUAUUGUUGUGACUGGCAGAUGUGUUGACAGCAGUAUUGUAUUAGGACCACUCAUUCAUUCUUUUGGCUGGAACAGGGAUGAGUUUGACUUAUUAGCAGCUGGCAGUCUUGCUGGCCAUCUCAUUGAAUGUGGUGCUCAGAGUACAGGUGGAAUAUUCACAGACUGGCAUGCCGUACCAGACUGGCAUAACAUGGGGUUUCCCAUAGUUGAAUUUUCUUCUGAUGGACACUUUAUUAUAUCCAAACCACCAGACACAGGAGGCCUAGUCUCUUUUGGUACUGUGGCUGAACAAUUGGUGUAUGAAAUUGGCAACCCUCAACGUUAUCUCUUACCAGAUGUCACAUGUGACUUCUCUCAAGUGUCCAUUACUGAAACUCCAGGCAUUGAAGGUGGAGCAGUGAAAGUUCAUGGAGCAAAAGGAUCACCUCCUUCAACAUUUUAUAAGGUAAAUGCCACUUACCUCGAUGGUUACAGAGCUACAGCUGUCUGCCCAGUAGGUGGGCCGAAGGCAGUGGAAAAAGGAAGGCGAACAGCAGAAAGCAUUCUGAAAAGGACUCGCCUUAUUUUCAGUCAACUUGGGUAUGAAGAUUACAGUGCAGUUAACAUGCAGAUUUUAGGUUCCGAAGAGACAUAUGGACCUCAUGCAAAAAAGCAUAUAGAUGGUGGUCCCCGGGAAGUGGUUAUCUGGCUUGCUGUACACCAUAAGCAGAAAAAGGCUGUGGAAAUCUUCUCAAAAGAGAUUGCACCAGCUGGAACUGGAAUGGCACCUGGUCUCACUGCAAUUGCUGGAGGGCGUCCAAGUGUGUCUCCAGUUUUGAAACCAUUUUUCUUCCUUUAUCCCAAAAGAAAUGUUAAGAUCAACAUUUUCUUAAAUGGACAGCAGGUGGAAGCAUUUGAAGAAGAUCUUACAUUUACUUCAGAUGCAGUUGUUUCAUUUGAUCAACAGAAGACUGAAGAUCAGUUAAAAGAUCUGCCAAGUGGUCCACAUACAUAUCGCUUAGAAGAUCUUGCCUAUACCAGAAGUGGAGACAAAGGAAACUCUGCCAACAUAGGUGUGAUAGCACGGCAUCCUCUCUAUUACCCAUACCUAAAGAAAACUUUAACAGCUCAAGCCCUAGAAGAUUACUUCCAGCAUCUUUUAGAGAGAACAAACCCUGAAGAAAAGUUAAUCACAAGAUAUGAGUUACCAGGAAUAAAUGGAUUAAAUUUUGUUCUGAAGAAUUCCCUUGGUGGUGGUGGUAUUGCAUCUUUAAGAAGUGACCCACAGGGCAAGGCAUUUGGGCAGAUGCUACUGGAUUUUCAGAUAAAAAAUGUUCCAGAUUUAAAGUCACUGAUAGAGUAACAAUUAUGGAGUACAUUCAUUUUCAAAAACUUUGACUGAAUACAUAAACACUAGCUUCACAAGUUAAAAAAAGACACAAAAGAAAGCAGUGGUGACAGUUAUCUCUCACAGACUUAAAUAUACAGUACAGAUAAGUGAACGUUUUGAGUAAUACCAGACAAAUGGCUUUGUGACCGAUUAACAUUUCCUGUCUAGUUAGUGCAUUGGAUGAAGAGUUAAUUUAUUUCCUGUAAGAUGUAAUUAAUCAAAUUACAAAAAUAACAUAUUUUACUGAGAUAACCAAAUAUUUGCUUUUCCAAAAUGAAAACUUCCUUCCCUUCCAGUUCUUCUUAUUCUCUUCCUUUAGAUCUUUCCUUGAUAAUUAAGAGGAAUGAUACUGAAUACUGUCAGCUACCCCAGCCCACCAUCGUCAUGCAUACCUUCAUUCUACCCUGUGAACCUGCAAUAGAUAUCCCUUAUGACAUUGGAGCAAGUAGAUAACUGGGUGCUCCUCAUCAGAAGGUCAGCAUUCACAAACAACUGCCACACUAUGGUAUCAGAGAUCAGUUUUGCUUUAUACUUAGGGCAGUAAUUAACUGCAGUUUCCUUGUUAUCACCACAUAGAGACUAACAGUCAAUAUUAACUGUUAAAGGUGACCACUGUAACUGCAAGGUUAUCUGCAGUGAUAGAAAAAAGGCAAGUAUUUUUUACCUCUAGUAUCCUUGUUGACAAUACUCCAUCAGUUGAAGAGCCCCAAAGUAAUACACUUCUUGGCAUGAAGCUAUUUUGAAAUGCUAAGUUAGAUUUUUCUGCCCCAUUUUGUCUCAUUUAAGAUACUGGUGUACAACCGAGGUGGUGAAAUCCAUCCCUAUCAUCUAUCAUUACUGAAAAUUCCCCUUGUGUUAGGGAGUCCCCAGCAGGCAUUCAGCCAGUUGAGAAGUCUCUUGCAUUGCCCUUCCCCAACCCUACAAGGGAAAAGCAUGCUGGGGGGAGGAAAGAGCCAUGUCUAUGCACUGUACUCCAGCCAUCAUCACUUUCCAUGGGGACCAUGUCCAGCUGGUAAAAGUUAAGACAGUGCAUAGGGUGACCUGUUCUUUAUCGAGGUUGGUACUAGGCAGAGUGUAUCAAGUUCCCUGUGGCAAUCAACAUAGUGGAAAUUCAGGCCCAAUAAUUGUCUGCAUCUCCUGCCACAAAGACAAGUAAAUCUUUACAUUAACACAAGAUCUUAGUGGAAAAUAUGUAGGUGUUUUUUAUUCAGAAAUGUGUUAUCCUGUUCUUCAGAAAAUAACAUAUUGCUGUAGUUGGCUAAUGCUGAAAAAUGAGGUGUUACCAAUACUGAUGAACCCAUAAUGAUAUGGGUAGGUGUCAUGUAAAUGCAAUCAAAAAUCCCUGCCAGUGCAGCUCAGCCCCGCUCUGUAAUAUUACUGCUAAUUAUGUGCUAGUUUAGCAAUAGCAGCACUGUAUGUUAAAUUGUUCCAGUUUGUUUUGAGGUUUUGAACUUGACUACUUUGAGAAUAUUGUUGGUGAUAUGUUGAUGUCACAGGCGAUGACAAAAAAGAAUCUCCCAUUCAACUGAAUGGGGCCAUGAUUUAAACACACAUUAUUUUCACUUGUGACCUAGGCAGGAAGAUACAAGAAGAAAACAUACGAAAGAGUGUGUCAGCUAGUAAUUUAAUAUUUUUGGACGUAAUAUUAUCUGCACAUCACUUUUAAGUCUGGGUUUCAUGACAAAAAAGAAAGUUAUAGGAUUGUCAUAGACAAAAACAUGCUGAAGUCAAAAUAACUUUUUGAAGAAAAAUCAGUGCCCAGCACUUAAAUUGUUUACAUUUAUUUUGUCUUAGAAAAGUGUUAAAUAAUUGUAAUUAGUAGUUUGAAAGCAUAUUAAGAGGUAUCUAACAGCCAAAUUUUUUAAAAUUCAUGGAAUAGUAGACAGAGCAGGAUGAGAAGGACCAUUGGCCAAAUCCUCAGCUGGAGUGAAUGGUGUCACUCUGUUAAAAUCAGUGGAGUUAUACUGAUUUAGACCACCUAGAGAGUUGCCCCAGGACCUUAUUUUAAUACUUUAAAUAGACAUGUUUUGUCAUGUUAAUCAUGGCUCUGCCAAACACAUGCAACUUAUUCAUCUGCUGUUUUAAACAAUUGUGUAAGUGCAUCUGCAACUACUUUGAUAUGAAAAGUAAACUUUUAAAAAGGAUAAAUGUGUUUAAUAUUUACUUUCUUUUAGUAUAUUUUCAAAUUAGAAUUGAGUUUUAAAGUGGUUUUGAACUUAUAAUUAUGGGGGGUUAUUUACAUUUUCUAAAUGUUUAUGCUGUUUCUUUUCCCCUUAGGUUUUAUCUCACAUGAUCCUACUAAACUCUUUCACUGUUGUUGGUUAAAACAUAAUAAUUGUAAGACAAAAUAGUAUGAACAUAUUCAUCCCUGUUGACAGAGAGCCAUGAACAUACACAGCUAUUCAAAAGAGGCACAGUUUAUUCAAGAAUUAUUCCAUACAGUAUUCAAGUUGUUUGGAUAGGGGGAUGGACAGGAGUGCAUAUCUCUUAUCUCUGAUGGUGUUCCUGCUCCUUUCAACACAACAAAACCAUCCUUGACAAGGAUGACUUUUAUUCAGGGGUUUCUUUUCAUUUUGUUUGUAAAGUACCGGGUUUCAGCAAGUAGCCUUAUUUAUUUUCAAAACACUGAACUCUCCUUUGGGGAUGUAACUGAAGAUUACUCAUAUCCAAAAGACUUUAUUUUCCUUAACAUAAUUAAAUGAAUCAAUUUGCACUUAUCUAACAAUGCAGACUGAUUUGAAACAGUUAUUAAAACUGUAUUUAAUUCUUCAUCUAGAAUGGACACUAAGUUAUUGCAAACACAGUUUGCUUGGGGAAAGAAAUAAAUGACCUCUGGUACUUAGGAUGAUACUUGUUAUUUGUUUGUUAAAUAACUUAUCUGAGUGACUUGCAGAGCAGACUUCUUGUAAAUCCAAGUAGCUCAGCUAUUCUGAACAAUGGAGGAAGGCUUUACUGUCAAGCAAUAAGGACUAUUCAGCCAAAAACAUAAUAAUUUUUGUACAAUAUACUCAGAGCCAAAAUGGUGGAAUGGGAGUGUUUCUCAAAUUGUUGAGUUUGGACAGUGCAGUUCAGGAUUUUCCUUAACACUUAUCCUUGUUUUAAGAAACAAGGUUUUUUGUGCAGUGGGGUGUUAGAGAAAGUUUUACUUUCUGCACUGGCAGCAGAGGCUUUACUUUCACUCCCAAAUUCAAGAUUUUUUCACUUCAUUGGUUUUCAAACACUUCCUCAACAAUUUUUUUUAAAACCUUGGGGCUGUAUUGUGUCAUGGGGUAAACUGCCUUUGUGUUUGUGAGAAUUGCAUCCUCAGAGUAGAAAACCCAGAACUGCCCAGUUUUGCAGCAGGUUUCUGUAACCACACAUUAACAUGUAAAGAAAUUGUUGGGCACUUUCUCAUGCUUGAGGCUGUGGUUAAAUGAGAAGUGGAAACUGGUAAGCUCUUUUCAUUAAAGCAGUGGAA